UAUUUUUGGGCCUGAAUGGAUUAUUCUACUUCAAUCCUCGCAAGCCCAUCUGGCUUACAGACCCAUGGGCCAUUUCGGAUUGUGCCCUGGAGAAGAAGUAUCGUUGUACAAAGCGAGAGUCAUAAACCCCAAACCAGGAAACUCCUGACUUCUCUACUUUUGAGUAGAAAACAAGCGUUUUGGAACAUGAAUUUCAACAAUGUCAAAGUUCCCAAGUUGCCGGGUGGUACUUCUUUGUUGCUCAAGCUUGGAACUAUUGGUGGGCUUGGCUUGUAUGCAGCUGCUAAUAGUCUCUACAAUGUUGAAGGAGGGCAUCGGGCCAUCGUGUUCAAUCGCAUUGUCGGUGUGAAAGACAAGGUUUAUCCUGAGGGCACACAUCUUAUAAUUCCAUGGUUUGAGAGGCCAGUCAUCUAUGAUGUUCGUGCAAGACCCAAUCUCGUGGAGUGUACUGCUGGAAGCCGUGAUCUUCAGAUGGUUAAAAUUGAUCUUCGAGUUCUUACUCGUCCUGUUGCAGACAAGCUACCUUCUGUCUAUAGAAGUCUUGGCGAGAACUACAAUGAAAGAGUUCUUCCGUCCAUCAUUCAUGAAACUCUGAAAGCUGUGGUGGCACAGUAUAAUGCCAGCCAGCUAAUUACUCAAAGAGAGAAUGUUAGCAGGGAAAUACGGAAGAUACUGACAGAAAGGGCAGCUCAAUUCAACAUUGCACUGGAUGAUGUUUCCAUUACUGGCUUGACUUUUGGAAAGGAAUUUACAGCUGCAAUUGAAGCGAAGCAGGUGGCUGCCCAAGAAGCCGAGAGGGCUAAAUUUGUUGUGGAAAAGGCUGAGCAAGACAAGAGAAGUGCUGUUAUUAGAGCAGAGGGUGAAGCCAAGAGUGCUCAGCUGAUCGGUCAAGCUAUAGCCAGUAACCCAGCAUUCAUCACACUAAGGAGGAUUGAGGCGGCAAGAGAAAUCGCUCGCACCCUCUCAAAUGCAGCUAACAAGGUUUUCCUGAAUUCAGAUGAUUUAUUGCUGAACCUCCAUGAUGGGAAUUUGGAUGCCAACAAGAUAUAGUGAUGUUGGGUUGAAAUCAUUUGGUUCAAUUGUGAGAAUAAAUUUUGAUAUAAAUUGUUAUUCAGCAACUACUUCUUUUCAUUCCUAACAAAAAAUAUUUGGGCAGUUUUAUUGAUUUGUUCAAUCAACCCAAGCAAUAUGGUUUAUAAGGAAAGCCUCACUUCCUCUCCUCCA